ACCUCGCCCAUCCUCCUCCUUGCCUCCACUCAAUCCACACUACACCAUGGCCGCCGCCACUCCUGACUGCUGAGUAGACACGUGCUGCGCUUCUGCAGUCUUGUACGCGUGCGUGUAGACUCGACCUCGACACUCGCUUCCAACGACAACCACCCCCGUCUCGCCGGAAUCCCGCAGCCAUGUACAUAACCUCCGAGCUGUUCACGACCGAACCUGCCUCUUCAAACCAGUCUUCCUCCACGGACUGGAACGCCAUGUCAGACUGGCCUGAGAACUCUCUCUUCCCGGCCAGUCUGGGCAAGAGGAAGAGGAACACAGAUGGGUACACGGAGAACGCAUUCUCUUCGUACUCGAACCAGGCCAACGGAAGCCCCUACAAUUACAACCUCGAGGCAGCGUUAAAUCCACGCCAGACCCUUUUGCGAACCCGCUCGUUGCCAGUCUCGCACAACGACAUCCGCAUCUUUCACACGGCCCACCUGCCCCCGGGUCCUCGCUCCCUCUUCUCACACGAUAUGCCACUCGCCGGCAGUAGCAGCUAUCAGCCGCCACGUCUAGACUUGGACGGCCCGCCAAAUCCUAAACAUCGCCGCAAAAUCCUCCCACCGAAAGCCUCCCGUGUCGCCCCCCUCGCCACUACAACGGCCAACCCAGCAACCUCAAAACCAUCUUCACACGACCUUCGUUCCUGCAAGAUUUGCCACAAAGCACCAACUCGGAAUCGCGAUCUGGAGACCUACAUAUCGUGCCAGGCGUGUGGAGAACGGGCGUGCCAGAUCUGCACCCGAAUGUGCGAGGGCGGGUGUGCGAAGCUGGUGUGCAGCGCGUGCUGUAAGGAGGUGGGCAAUGAUGGCGACGCUUGGUGUGUUCGCUGCGUAGAGAAGAAGGAGGUUGGAGCUGGAGAUCGGAUGGUCUAAAUCUUUCUACUCUCCUGGAACGGCCUGAAUACCUUCGAUAUCGCCGACGACUUUUAGGCCGAAGAGGGCACGGACGACCGUACAACCAUCGGUUUCCCAAGAGAAAGAGGCUUUUCCAUACGGCUGGCCACCUGGACUUUUUUCUGUCUUAUUCCGUUGGAUUCAGCGAUCGAGUUUUGGAGACUUGGACGUGAUUUCCAGCAUUGGCGUUAGCAUUGUUGGGAUACUAGGACUCUCACGACUUCCUUUACUUCUUUUCGAUUCCAUUCUCGGCAUUUUAUACCCCAACCGCACGUGUCAGACAGCACAGGUCUGUAGGGCUUCCAGUACAUUGACGGAUGCCCUGACAAAGCUUGCGGAGAGUUUCCGGUUCGACUCUCUUUAGUAAAUGUCAUGGGGCGGAGCGUCAUAUAUUACCACCAUUUACCCAGCAGCAUAGCACAGGAUAGCGUAGCCAGUCAUGUAUCAAUGAGAACAAACAGUUGUAGCAGAGAAAU